UGCUCUGAGCACCCUUCCCCUCCCCCAGCCUGGGGAGCCCAGCACAGAGGAACAGAGACCCAGAACCCCCAGAAAUGUCGGUUCCCGGACGCAGGCCCCAGGCCCUGCCCUCCGUCUGCUUCUGCAUUCUGGUCUUGGCCUGCAUUGUGGCAUGCCAGGAAGAAGUGCCUGCCCCCUCCCCGAGCACCCCACCAGGGCUGGCAGCUAGUCCUUGGAGCCUAAUGCAGGACAAGGUGCAGGCACUGGUGGCCAGGACCCGAGAGAGGUGGCAGUGGUUCUGGGGCCCUGGGGCUUUCCAGGACUUCAUGCAGACCUACUAUGACGACCACCUGAAGGACUUAAGUCUCCGCACCCAGGCCUGGCUCCGCAGCUCCAGAGACAGCCUUCUGAACAAGGCCCACGACCUGUGUCCCCAGUUUCUGUGCAGGGACAGUGACAAGAAUUAAAGUGUUUAUAGCCUCCACAAUAAAGAAAUGCUUCUCUGUG